AUGGGCUGGGGGACCCAGGCGUCCGGGAGGGACCCAGGCUUGUCACUGGGGUCACGGGGUCACUGGGGUCACGGGGUCACGGGGUCACGGGGGGUGCGUGUCCCGCAGUCCUGGGCGGAGUUUGUGCGGCUGGUGGAUCCCGACAUCGUCACCGGCUACAACAUCCAGAACUUCGACCUGCCCUACCUGCUGCGGAGGGGGGAGGUGCUGCAGGUGCCGUCGUUCGCUCAGCUCGGGCGCAUCCGCGGGCGCCGCUGCCGCAUCCGCGACGCCGCCUUCCAGUCCCGGCAGCUCGGCCGGCGCGAGGGCAAAGCCGUGCCCAUGGACGGCAGGGUGGUGCUGGACCUGCUGCAGGUUUUGCUGCGGGAGCACAAGCUGCGCUCGUACAGCCUCAACGCGGUCAGCGCCCAUUUCCUGGGGGAGCAGAAGGAGGACGUGGCGCCCGGGAUCAUCACCGACCUGCAGAACGGCUCGGCCGUCACGCGCCGCCGCCUGGCCGUGUACUGCCUGAAGGACGCGUUCCUGCCGCUGCGGCUGCUGGAGCGGCUGAUGGUGCUGGUGACGCAGGUGGAGAUGGCCCGUGUCACCGGCGUGCCCCUGCGCUACCUGCUCACCCGCGGCCAGCAGGUCAAGGUCGUGUCGCAGCUGCUCAGACAGGCCAUGUCCGAGGAUCUGCUGAUGCCGGUGGUUCGGUCCGAGGGGGGGGAGGAUUACGAGGGCGCCACCGUCAUCGAACCCAUCAAGGGCUACUACGACACCCCCAUCGUGACCUUGGACUUCUCGUCCCUGUACCCGUCGAUCAUGAUGGCGCACAACCUGUGCUACACCACCCUGCUGCCCGCCGGGGGGCUGCAGCGCUUCGGGCUGACCCUCGAUGACGUCACGCGCACCCCCACCGGGGAGCUGUUUGUCCGUUCGUCCGUGCGGCGGGGGCUGCUGCCCCGCGUGCUGGAGGGGCUGCUGGGGGCACGCGCCAGGGUGAAGGCGGAGCUCAAGCAGGAGCAGGACCCGUUCCGGCGGCAGGUGCUGGACGGGCGGCAGCUGGCGCUGAAGGUGAGCGCCAACUCGGUGUACGGCUUCACCGGGGCGCAGGCGGGACGGCUGCCAUGUCUACCCAUAUCACAGAGCGUCACGGGGUUCGGGCGGCAGAUGAUCGAGCGGACGAAGCAGCUGGUGGAGAGCAAGUACAGCCUGGCGCAGGGGUUCAGCGCCGACGCCAAGGUGGUCUAUGGGGACACGGACUCGGUGAUGUGCCACCUGGGGGGGGUCUCGGUGGCCACGGCCAUGGCCCUGGGCCGGGAAGCGGCCGCCUGGGUGUCCGGCCACUUCCCCUCCCCCAUCCGCCUGGAGUUCGAGAAGGUGUACUGGCCGUACCUGCUGAUCUCCAAGAAGCGCUACGCCGGGCUGUGCUUCUCCUCGUCCCCCGACGUCCCCGACAAGCUGGACUGCAAGGGGCUGGAGGCCGUGCGGAGGGACAACUGCCCCCUGGCGGCCAACCUGGUCACCGCCUGCCUCAGACGGAUCCUGCUGCACAGGGACCCCGCGGGGGCGCUGGCGCACGCCCAGGCCGUGAUCUCGGACCUGCUGUGCAACCGCGUGGACAUGUCGCAGCUCGUCAUCACCAAGGAGCUCACCCGGGCGGCCGCGGCCUACGCGGCACCGCAGGCCCACGUGCGGCUGGCCGAGAGGAUGCGUGAGCGCGACCCCGGCAGCGCCCCCGGGCUGGGGGACCGGGUCCCCUACGUCAUUGUCACCGGGGCCAGGGGGGCAGCGGCCUACACCAAGUCUGAGGACCCCAUCUACGCCCUGGAGCACAACCUGCCCAUCGACACGCGCUAUUACCUGGAGCAGCAGCUGGCCAAACCGCUCCUGAGGAUCUUCGAGCCCAUCCUGGGCGAGGGCCGGGCCGAGAGCGAGCUGCUCCGGGGGGAGCACAAUGGGGACGGGGGGGACACGGGGGGGUCACAAAGGGGACGGGGGGGGACACGGGGGGAGUCACCUGGGGACAUGGGACAUCAUGGGGACAUUGGGGACCCCCAAGACCCCUUAUGGGUCACCUGGGGACAUGGGGACAUCAUGGGAGGGACAUUGGGGAUACCCCCAUAA